AUGCUGCUGCACGCCGGCCACGUCCUCCUAACCUUUGCCGGGCUUGGGCUCUCACAACAUACGAAUGGCGGCAACGAGACGGUGGACCUGUCAUGGCACCCCUCGAAGCAGACGCACCUGAACAACCUCACUGCUGUGGUCAAUGGACAUGGGGUCUACGGGUUCGUAUAUAACUCGUCCGAUACCCCAGAUGCGCUGUAUGGCGUGUAUAACUGGUGCAACAUGCCGCAUGUCCGGAAGAGGGAGUAUGUCAAAGCUCCGAAAGAGUAUGAGCUCGUCUUUGUGGAGGUGAUUCACCGUCAUCACAAGCGGACGCCAUACUCCUCCAACGCCUUCCCCGUGGAGCCAUACCAAUGGAACUGCGACGAUGAAGGCCUCUACUACCACGGAGAACCAUUUGGGAGAAAACAAAAAGCCACGCCGGCUUACUGGCAGGGCUACACCUCCGAGAUCAACCCGUUCAUCCCCUCGGGCUGGAUCGGAUCGUGCCAAUUCCCGCAGAUCACGUCCGACGGACUCUCGGAUUCGUGGCAGCACGGCGAAGACCUCUAUUCCGUCUACCACGACCUCCUGAACUUCCUCCCGGGCCGUAGUGACCACAAGUGGCGGCGCAAGGUCGCCUACCGCGUCACGCACAACAGCAUCACCUCGCAGGUGGCCGGCAUGCUCGUGCACGGCAUGUGGCGCACGACCGAGCGCGUGCCGCUGCUCGUCCAAGCCGACGCCAUCGACUCGCUCGAGCCCAAGUACUCGUGCCCCGCCGCGCGGGACCUCUCCGGCCGCCUCACCAAUCGCAACACCAACCCGCGCUGGGCGGCCCACCUCGACGCCGCCGCGCCGCUCUACGCCAAGCUGGACGCCAUCUCGGGCGUGCCGCCCUCGGACGCGGGCUUCCACGCCAGCCUGGACCACUACUACGACAACCUCUCGGCGCGCCAGUGCCACCAGAAACCGCUGCCCUGCAGUAGCAGCAGCGCGGAGGGUUGCGUCACGCAGGCUCUCGCCGACGAGGUCUACCGCUUCGGCCACUGGGAGUACGACCACAUGUACCGCGGGUCGCGCGAGGCGCUCGCCGCCGCGGCCGCGUCGUACGGCGUGUGGAUCGCUGAGCUGGCGGCGCAUCUGCGGGGCGCUAUGGCGCCUCCCGGCGGGAACGGGGGCGUUGUGUAUUUCCACAAUGUUGCGCACGACGGGUCGGUGAGCAGGCUACUUGCGGUGUUGCAGCUGGAUGAGAUGGUCUGGCCGGGGAUGGGGAGCGAGGUCGUGUUUGAGUUGUACAACAGAAGGACGAAGAAAGGAGGGGGUGGUGGGUAUUAUGUGAGGGUGCUGUGGGGAGGGAAGGUGCUCAAGUCGAGCAACCCUAGCUUGGGCGUCAUGGACAUGCUCCCUGUCGAGAGGCUACUGGCGUAUUUUGAUGGGCUGGUGGGACAGGGGGCGAAGCUGGUUGUCGGGAAGUGUAAUGGAACGCUGCCGUUGGUUUAG